UUCAGCCAGCCAGCCAAGUAGAAAUCUGCUGCUGCUCUCACAAAAAAAAUAACUCACCUGCUGUUUCAUCUACAUAAUAUUCACUAUUUGUUUAUACUCUGCUAAUUUCAUCAAUUCGUGAGGAUAUUGGCAGAUAAAAUAAUUCUCAGGAAAUGGCGAAAGGUCCGCAAGUGGAUUUCGACGGGUUUGGCGACGCACUCCUCUAUUUUGGACUGGCUGCCGUAAUGGUGCUCCUCACCGCAGUUAUAUUUUGGUUCACUAAAAAGUCAGGGUCGUCCGGGGGGCAGGGGGCAGGUCAAGAGGAACGACAGCCUGUCGCAGGUGGUGGGAAUAGACGACAAGGUGCUGGUGCUGGUGCGGGGAGAAGGGGGAGGGGGAGACGAGUCGUUGACGAGUCUGACUCGGAUGGAGGGGAUGGUGGGGGUCGUGCCCCAGCAGCUAGGAGAGAUUCGGACGAUUCGGAUCAUGAAUUAGACGACAGAUUAAAUGAUCCCAAGUUGGGGGCGAAGAAAAGAGCUAAAUUGGAGGCCAAGGCGGAGAAAAAGCUGCAGAGAGAGGCUGAAGAACGAAUGCGUGAAGACAAGAAGGCCCGACAAAUUAAGGAUGAGACGGAUAGGAAACUUCGAGAAGAGCAGGAUAUUGCUGCUGAGAAGAAGCGAGAAGAAGAUGAAAAACGAGCCAAGGAAGAACAAGCGCAGAGAGAGCUGGAAGAAUAUUUGAAAAUGAAGGAAGCAUUUUCGGUGGAGGAGGAGGGAUGUGAAGUCAUUGAAGAAGAGGAGGAAGGAAACUUGAUUGAAAUGUUUUUAGAUCAUAUCAAGCGACACAAAGUUGUCAUGUUUGACGAACUCGCGUCGAAAUUUGGCCUUAAAGUUCCCGACACUAUUGAUCGACUGAAGGUGCUCGUUGAAGAGGGAAGACUAACAGGCGUGAUGGAUGACCGUGGAAAGUUCAUCUAUAUUUCGCAAGAGGAGUUGGAAAGGUUUGCCAAAUUUAUCAAGCAGCGAGGAAGAGUGCAGAUAUCGGAAUUAGUUGAAAAUUCUUCCACUCUGAUCAACCUUACGCCUGUGGAAGCUGAAACCUGAAAAGUUGUUUAGCUAUAAUUUAUAUCAAAUUUAACAGUCUAUUUUGCAUAUUAUGACAACUGUUCUCAAGUAUUUAAUCAUGUAAAUUGUAAGACAAAAAUUAUGAAUACAGUGCAGCAUAAAUUAAAUAUGCAAUGCUAUAUGUACUC